AGUGCUCCAUGAUCAGCUUCUAGCGGCCCAUCAGCACCUAUCGCAUCCGCAGCCACCGCGUCCCCAACCCCCUGCCGCGCAGCCACCGCACAUGCAGCCCAAUACAACAAGUCCUCGUGAUCAGAACAACAUCGAUCCCGCGAUUUCAGGUGCUGCAAUGCUCAGCGGUCCGCCGCAGACACCUCCUCAGCCGGAGCCCACGGGCCAAGAAAGUCCGAAGACGUACGGCAAGCGACCAUUGUCGACCUCUAAGCGCGCCGCUCAGAAUCGUGCCGCACAGCGAGCAUUCCGCCAGCGGAAAGAAAGCUACAUUCGCAAAUUGGAGGAGCAAGUGAAGGAGUUUGAUACCAUGUCGGAGGCUUUCAAAGCGCUACAGGCGGAGAACUAUCAGCUGCGCGAGUACAUCAUCAAUCUCCAGUCGCGACUGCUGGAAUCCCAAGGCGAGGUGCCCGAGCUCCCAGGAAACAUCGACCUGAGCCAGCCACGAACCGACUUGAAUGUACCGCAGCCCGGUGCGGGGCCUGCAACGGCGUCUUCGUCGGCGCCAGCACCCCCCUCGGGAGCUCAACAAGCGCAGCCGCCUCAGGGUCCUGCGUCCAACGACGACAUGAACUCCCUAAACCGGAUAGCCGUGGCCGGCUUGGGGAUGCGCAAGCAUCCCAACGAAGAGGCUAACUACCUUGGCAACAACUUUGCCGCUGGUCGUCGGACGCGCCCCGACGAGACUCAAGCUGACUCGGAUGCGACAAAGACGGAGCCACCCCCUCAUGGGCUUCCCAUGGUCUCAUGAUCGCAUUCAGUUGUUGUCCUUUUCUCCAAGUUCCUGACCCUUGUGUUACCUCCAGAUACCGCUGUUAUCGCCUUUGACGCUGAUUGUUUUCAUCUCGUACUCUUUUCUUUGUAUUAUCCCGCUUUUGUGCUUGGGUGUAUGGCGUGAUGUUGUUACGUUUUCUUUAUCUAAUGGUUUUUGGAAGGGAUGGUGUUCUGUUGUGCCUGGAUUUCAAACGCCCAGUCCGACAGGCAGAAGGCCACUGUCUAAUAUUACUUGUGACCGGGUGUGGGUUGACUCGAUAAAUACAUUGAACGGUUGGACUGCAAGUUCUUUCCUUUUGUUCUUUUCCUUGAAUAGUUGCUGUUCAACACAUCUAUCAUCUGCUUCUAUGUACUACUCAUCAUAUCCACUAGAGCACGGAAAAGAAAAAUUACCUCAAACAAGAUACACUCAAUAG